UUAGAUGCCAUAAUGAAGCACUCCUGGUAUCAAGCGGGUCGUAGCGAGCCCUGUCCGGAGCUGCCGACCCCUAGGCGAGUGUGUGUGCCCCAGAUCGUCUCUCUGACCGAGCUGGACCCAGAUGUACUGGAGAGUAUGUACUCACUGGGCUGCUUCAGGGACCGCCACAAACUCACCAAGGACCUGCAGUGUGAAGAAGAGAACCAAGAAAAGAUGAUCUACUACCUGCUACUGGACCGCAAAGAGCGCUACCCGACCUAUGAAGAUGAGGAUCUGCCACCCAGAAAUGAUGCUGAUCCGCCACGUAAGCGCGUGGACUCCCCUAUGCUGACGCGCAGCGGCCGCUGCAGGCCCGAGAGGAAGAGCCUGGAGGUGCUGAGCGUGACGGAGCAGGGCUCACCCACACCCCCACGCCGGGCCCUGGACACGUCCGCACACAGCCAGAGGUCUCGUUCCGUCAGCGGAGCGUCCACCGGUCUGUCCUCCAGUCCGCUGAGUAGCCCCAGGAGCCCUGUCUUCACCUUUAGCCAGUCAGAAGUCGCCACGGCCACCAAACCAGGAAGUGGCAUCGGUGGAAUUGGAGGCGGCGGCGGCGGUGGUAGUAUUGGUGGCAGUGGUGGCCUCGGCGGCAGCAGCAGCACCACGCCCCGCCCCCUCCGCUUGCACGAGCCCCAAAAAACGCAGACCCUGCCCCACAAGGCUCCCCCCGAGCGCCCCCUCCUGCAGUCCAUGAAGUCCCUCCCCUUGCACAACCCCCCGUCCCGCUCGCCCUCCCCGUCCCCGCUGCUGUCCCCGCUCCCCCGCUUCCUCUUCCUCCCCUCCCCCUCCUCCGUGCUCAAGUCGGUGACUAAGACCCUGUACCCCCUGUCGCAGGUGACGCCCCAGGGCUCCCCCCUGCCCACCCCGCUGGGCACGCCUGUGCAUCACCCCCAGCACCCCCCUCCCACCCCUCCCUCCUCUUCCUCCUCCUCCUCUUCCUCGCGCGCCGAAGGAGGGGGGGGCGUGGGCUCGCUCUCCCUCACCCCGCCCUCCAGCCCCGGAGGGGGCGGCGGCAUGUCGGCCAGCAGCUCCGCCCACUGGAGGACCCGCCUCAACUCGUUCAAGAACAACCUGCUGGGAUCGCCCCGCUUCCACCGCCGCAAGCUCCAGGGUGAGGAGACCGGGGAGCUGCCACACG